ACUCAACACAGGCCUGUAGACAAUGUUGGGGGUGGGGCACGGUUAGCCAGAGCUGGAAGAUCAUAACACCCACUUACUCCAAUUUCCAUCCAUGUGUGGGACAGAGGAGCCAGUCCUGAGCUGCUAGCCAUGCAUUAACCCCCAGACCUGCCAUGCCCAGCACCAUGGAGACCCACCCCAAGAGCCUGGACGGGAGUGAAAAGUCCCCUGAAUCCAAGGAUUUGAUCACUAGCAACACGGCCAGCACGCUGUGCAUCAGCUCCAGGAGCGAGUCCGUCUGGACCAACGCGCCCAGGAACAAGUGGGAGCUCUACCACAAGCCCAUCGUGGUGGUGUCUGUGGGAGGCGCCAUCUUUCUCUUUGGAGUGGUGAUCACCAGCCUGUCCUGUUUCAUAACGACCAAUGUGGUUGUUUAUAAAAUGUGCGGCCCGGCUUUCCUGUCCCUGGGGCUGAUGCUGCUGGUUUGCGGCUUCGUCUGGAUCCCCGUCAUCCGGAAGAAGCAGCGGCAGAGGCAGAAGUCACGCUUCUUUCAGAACAUCAAGUCAUUCUUCUUUAACCGCUGAGGCCUGCUCAGGCUCAGCACUCGCAGGUGGCCAGCAAUGCCUCUUUCAGCCUGGCUGGAUUUGCCAUGAGAUUACGAGGGCCUGAUCCUGCUCUCAGACAUGCCUAGUGGAUCCCCAACUUUGACCUUCUCCUCUCCCCAUAGGUGAAAUUCACCCCCCUGCAGGUCCUCUGUGGGCAAGUAAAUUUCACACCAUGUGCUAGGAGGCAGAAUACUGGCGUUGGGACAAGCAGGUUAGGCCCAAGCCCUAGAUUUUGCUCUUGACUGUAUAUUGA